CCUUGGCAUAGACAAAACUAAACAAGUUGGCCCUCCCCAUAAAUACCCAUUUUUGGUUCUUCUCAUUUCCACAACAACAAGCAAUACUACUCAUGGCUGUGAUAUCUAGAAUUCAUUGCUUCAUUGGUUUCUGUUUUCUUUUGCUUCACUAUGGUUUUCAAGUUGAAUCUUCACACCAAGUUUAUUACACCGAUUCCGAGUAUGAACUUCUCUCUACUGCUACUCCUACUUUUACUGAAAAUCAGCCUCAUAAAACUGGUUUUCACUUCCAACCAACAAAGAAUUGGAUAAACGAUCCGAAUGGUCCGAUGAUUUACAAGGGAAUUUACCAUUUCUUCUACCAAUAUAAUCCAACAAAAGCAGUUUGGGGUGAUAUAGUGUGGGCUCAUGCUACAUCGACAGAUCUUGUAAAUUGGAUGCACCAUGCUUACGCCAUGUACCCAUCAGAACCAUAUGAUAUAAACGGGUGUUGGUCUGGUUCCGUUACAAUUCUUCCCGGAGAAAAACCAGUGAUUCUUUACACCGGAAAAGACCACCAAAAUCGUCAAGUGCAGAAUUUAGCGGUACCCAAAAAUCUAUCUGACAUUUUUCUGACAGAAUGGGUGAAAAUACCUCAAAAUCCUCUACUGGUGCCAACACCCGUUAAUGGAAUCAAUGCAAGUGAAUUCAGAGAUCCUACAACUGCUUGGAAAGGCCAUGAUGGGAGAUGGAGAAUGCUUGUUGGAAGCAAAAGAAAUGGGCACCGAGGACUGGCAAUUCUAUAUAGGAGCAAAGAUUUCAUUCAUUGGACUAAAUCUCAGCAUCCGCUUCAUUCAGCGACUAAAAAUGGAAUGUGGGAGUGUCCGGAUUUCUUCCCUGUUUACCUUAACAGUAGUAAAAAUGGUGUCGACACUUCUGUGAUAAGUUCUACAGUGAAACAUGUACUUAAACUCAGUUUAGAUGACACGAAACAUGACUAUUACACGGUCGGGAAGUAUUUGCAUGACAAGGACAAGUACAUUCCUGACCAUGGAUCUGUUGAAGGUGAUGCAGGACUAAGAUAUGAUUAUGGGAAAUUUUAUGCUUCUAAAACAUUUUUCGAUAGUGAAAAGAAUAGAAGGAUUUUGUGGGGUUGGAUCAACGAAUCUGACGCUCGUGGAGAUGAUGUCAAGAAAGGAUGGGCUGGAAUUCAGGCAAUUCCUCGGAGUCUUUGGCUCGAUAAAUCUGAAAAGCAGCUGGUGCAAUGGCCAGUUAUGGAAAUUGAAAAGCUGCGUAAAGAGCAUGUUACUCUUGGUAAUAAAGAGCUUAAAAUGGGUUCGGUACUUGAAGUUUCUGGUGUAACAGCCUCUCAAGUGGAUGUAGAGGUAUCAUUUGAUCUAAAAGCGUUAGAGAAGGCUGAAAUCAUGGACCCAAGAUGGGUUAAUCCACAACUACUUUGUAGUAAAAAGGGAGCAUCAGUCAAAGGUAGCUUUGGACCAUUUGGUUUCUUAGUUUUGGCAUCAAAAAACUUAGAAGAGCAAACAGCUAUCUUCUUCAGGGUAUUCAAAGCUCCAAAAAGAUUUGUGGUUCUCAUGUGCAGUGAUCAGAGCAGGUCUUCUUUAAGCGAAAGCCCGGAACUAGACAAAACUACAUAUGGAGCUUUUCUUGAUGUGAAUCCUCUCCAUGAGAAGCUUUCACUAAGGAGCUUGAUAGAUCACUCGGUUGUGGAAAGCUUUGGUGGAGAAGGAAAAGUUUGCAUAAGUGCAAGAGUGUACCCAAAGAUGGCAAUUGAUAAUGAAACUCAUCUUUAUGCUUUCAAUAAUGGAACUCAAAGUAUCAGAAUCUCAGAUCUCAACGCUUGGACAAUGGGAAAAGCUAAAAUUAUUUGAGCACACAAAAGGAAAAAAAGAUGGUCGAAAUGAAGAGAAACAAAAUGAGCAAACACUUUGUAAUUGAGGGUUGUGGAUGCAACACUAUAUCUGUUAUGUUUUACUUUUAGUUGUCUUGGUGCUGCACAAAUUCGAAUAAAGGCUUAGUUAGUUGAAA